GCCUCUUUCAGAAGAGUUGGGAACUAAUCAACACAACAAAAGGCUCCAAAAAGCGAGGGAAAAUAAAUAAUCAUUUUAAAUCCAUUAAUAUGUCGAAUGAAAGUUCAAUGUCGUACGAGAAUUCUCAACAGCAAAUUGCUAAUCGCAAACAGAAAUAUAAAGAGUUGAUUGAGAAAGGAUCUGAAUUACAUGACAAUUUAGAGAAUCAAGAUGUGUUGUCAACAUUCAAAAACAUUUUGGAUAUCGCUACUACAUGUGAAAAUAUUUCUUCUGAUUUUGUAAAAGAUGGAGAAAUUGAACAUGCAAAUGAAUACUUAAUGGAUGCACAAAUUGUGAAGAUGUCUCAUGAUCUUAUGGGGUCAACUGCAGAAAAAAUGAGAAAAAGUGAUUUUUGCGAAGAAGAAUACAUAACAGCUUUAAAAGACAUAUUCACGACUAGCAAUGGUAGUUAUGAUUUCAGCAGUCUUGCAGAAAUUGCUGGAAGAUGUUGCAAAGCAACAAACUUUUCUAUUUCAUUGCUGGGAACUUUUGAGCUUGAUGCUGCUCCACGGCCAGAAAAAAUUCAUAAAGAACGUCAACGAAAUCGAUCUAAUUUAGAUACUGUCAAAGCCCCUGAAAAUAUCAAAAGCAUUAGGAAGAGCGGUGCUGGAGCCGAAAAGUUCAAUAAAGUUUACCAAGAAAUUUAUCGAGUUAGUGAAGAACGUCAGACAAAUCAAAUUCCUUACUACGAAAUCAUCUGUGAUCCCAACGAUUUCAUGAAAUCUGUAGAUAUUGCAUUCCAAAUUUCAUUUCUAGUUCAAGCCGACUUUUUAGGUCUUAAGAAAUUCAACAAUGAACCUCAUGUCAUUAUAAAAGGCCGAAAAGAAUCUACACUUCACAGCCAACAUAAUAAUUCUCAUGAAACUGUUCAAGUUGUAAUGUCUUUGAAUACUAAAAUAUGGAGAGAACAAAUCAAGAAAUUUAAUAUUACUUUGCCUCUUUUAAACUUAAUACAAGAAGACGGAGAGAAUCAUUCAGAUUAAAUGCUUCAAUGUUUUGCUUUCCUGAUAAAAUCUCCUUGAAUACUAUGUGAGAAAAUGUUUGAAAUAAAAUUUUUUUUUGAAAACAGUUAUAA